GGUGCUGGACACGGGUCAAAUCCAACGCCAUCGCAGUUCCCCAGAGCUCUACGAAUUACGAAUCAACAGACGACGAGAGCCAAUCGUGGAGAGGCAACAGUCGUAAAUUCAUCGUCUUCCAAGUUUCGUCCACUUCUCGAAACCCUAACUCAAUCACCAGAAUCCAAACUUGAUGGAGGGACUUGGAAGUGAGGGCGGAGCAGCGGCGGCGCCACUGGCCCAAUGGCGGAGCGAUUUUGCGAGAGCAUUCCAGUACUAUUUGGAUCGGUCAACGCCUCACACUGUGAAUAGGUGGCUAGGAACCCUAGCUGUGGCAAUGAUUUACAUUCUGCGUGUGUACUAUGUUCAAGGGUUCUAUGUUGUCUCCUAUGGUCUGGGGAUCUACAUCUUAAAUCUCUUGAUCGGUUUCUUCUCCCCGAAGGUUGACCCGGAGCUUGAGUCCUUGGAUGGUGGCCCUUCAUUGCCAACAAGUGGUUCUGAUGAGUUUAAGCCUUUUGUCCGCCGCCUUCCUGAGUUUAAGUUCUGGUAUUCCAUCACAAAGGCAUUUGUUAUUGCAUUCAUCAUGACCUUUAUUUCUCUGCUGGAUGUACCUGUUUUCUGGCCAAUACUGCUAUGCUACUGGAUUGUUCUGUUUGUCCUCACAAUGAAACGACAAAUCCUACACAUGAUCAAAUACAAAUAUGUCCCGUUUGAUAUCGGAAAGAGGCGGUACUCUGGAAAGAAGUAGAGUCUGAAUGGGAGCGGUUUAUCAACAAAUCCAAAAACUAAAAUGGUGCUGAUUUGUAGAACCUUGUGCUAAAGCAAAAUGAUAAAUUUGGGUUCUUAAGUAUGUUUUGAAGGUAAUGUUGAUUCAGUAUAUUUGUACAUGUGCUAGACUCUCAUGUUAAAAGACACACUCAUAUGACUAAACUGAGAAUGAGUACGCUGUUUCUUUUAGCGUAAACAAGAGAACACGUGAUUUUAUAUCUAAAGCUUCAGGGUCA